AUGGCCAAAUCAAAAAAACACAGGACAAAGCUAUCAUCUUCCAAGGCUUCUGCCAAGGAAUCACCCGUUCUGCCACAACUUCCUGGAACAUUGUUUAAAAUUCUCCCGAUAACUACCUAUCUAAAAGUCGUAACAAACAAAUCUUCAAUAGAAACAAAAAACGUGACCCACUUUUGUUUUUUCAAGAAGCAUGAGACUAGAUCUCGACCAGGUUCUGCCGAAAAUUCCACUCAUAAUCAGGACGGCGAUCACAAGGGAGAGACGCUUCCAUUAGAUAAGACUUUGUUUGUAACAAAUCUUCCCGUGGAUGCAACAGAGGCUCAUUUGAAAGAAUUGUUCAAUGAAUGUGGUGCGGUCGACAAAGUUGUAUUUAGAAUUGUAGACAAAAACUUGUCCGAGACAAAUCCUACUUCAAAUUCAUCGAGUAAUGGUACAUCAAUAUCGAAUGAAGCUGCAAAGGAAGAGACUAGUAUGGCUAAGAAAAAAAAGAAAAAAGGGAAACAAUUGGAAAAGAAUACAAACGAUUCCGAUUCUCAGAAUGAAUCCCACGACAACUCAUCACACUUACGCCUAGUAUUGACUCCUGGAUCAUCUGCAUAUAUAGUUUUUAAAGACGUUGAAGCGUUAGAAAAGGCUUUGAAUAUGAGAUCAAAGGAGCGUAUAUGGGAUAGCGUCAAAGAUAUCGUACCACCAUUAGGGCUUGAAUCAUACAUCAAUACCGAAAUUGGCCUCCGUCCUCCUCUUCACCUUCUUCAAUCAAAAGUCGAUUCCUACAUGUCAGCUUUUACUGAAUCGGAACUAGCUCGCCGACGCGAAUUAGAGGCCAAGCAUAACAAACCUGACGAAGAUGGAUUUAUAUUGGUAACACGUUAUGGGAAAAGAAACACUAACACCGAUGGAAAUAUUACGGUCUCAGCGAUGCGAGAAGAGGAAGCGAGAGAAUUAAAGCCUAAAAAGAAAGAGUUGCAGGAUUUUUACAGGUUUCAAUUACGGGAGACUAAAAGAAAUAAACUUAUCGAGCUGAGAAAGAAAUUCGAAGAAGAUAAGAAGAAAAUAGAACUAUUGAAAGCAACACGGCGGUUUAGGCCUUAUUAA